AUGUGAGCAAAGUAAAUUUGUGUUUUUGAUUAUUGGGGUUUUAAAAGUUUUCUUCCUCAUUCUUCGUUUGUUAAUUUUAAGGAUCGAUGUCGGAGAAGGAAGAACUUCCGUUGACAUUGACGUCCAUCGGAGCGGCCACCGCGACUAGUGAUUAUCAUCAGAGAGUAGGAAGUUCCGGUGAAGGGAUUAGUAGCUCGAGUAGUGAUGUUGACCCGAGGUUCAUGCAGAAUAGCCCCACGGGUUUGAUGAUUUCCCAAUCGUCGUCGAUGUGCACCGUACCGCCUGGCAUGGCAGCAACACCACCAAUAAGCUCAGGUUCCGGUUUAUCUCAGCAGCUUAAUAAUUCUUCUAGUUCCAAGUUAUGUCAAGUGGAAGGAUGUCAAAAAGGAGCAAGAGAUGCAUCUGGUCGUUGCAUUUCCCAUGGCGGUGGACGUAGAUGCCAGAAACCUGAUUGCCAGAAGGGAGCUGAAGGUAAAACAGUGUACUGUAAAGCCCACGGAGGUGGUCGCAGAUGUGAAUAUCUUGGAUGCACCAAAGGCGCAGAAGGCAGUACUGAUUUUUGUAUAGCUCAUGGAGGUGGUCGAAGAUGCAACCAUGAAGAUUGCACACGAUCUGCUUGGGGAAGAACAGAAUUCUGUGUCAAGCACGGUGGAGGAGCGAGAUGCAAAACAUACGGCUGCGGAAAAAGCGCUAGUGGUCCUUUGCCAUUCUGCCGAGCCCAUGGUGGUGGUAAAAAAUGCAGCCAUGAAGAUUGCACAGGAUUUGCUAGGGGAAGAUCAGGACUCUGUCUCAUGCACGGUGGGGGAAAGAGAUGCCAAAGAGAGAACUGCACUAAAAGCGCUGAAGGUCUUUCGGGACUCUGCAUAUCCCAUGGUGGUGGUCGGCGAUGUCAAUCUAUUGGAUGCACAAAAGGAGCGAAAGGGAGCAAAAUGUUCUGCAAAGCAUGCAUAACUAAAAGGCCUCUAACGAUUGAUGGAGGAGGAAAUAUGGGAGGGGUAACAACAGGUGAUGCCUUGAACUAUCUCAAAGCUGUGAAGGACAAGUUUGAAGACAGUGAGAAAUAUGACACUUUCCUUGAAGUCUUGAAUGACUGUAAACAUCAGGGAGUUGACACUAGUGGCGUCAUAGCCAGAUUAAAAGAUUUGUUCAAGGGCCAUGACGACUUACUUUUGGGUUUUAAUACCUACUUGUCAAAGGAGUACCAAAUAACCAUUCUGCCCGAGGAUGAUUUCCCUAUCGAUUUUCUUGACAAGGUUGAGGGACCUUAUGAAAUGACAUAUCAGCAAGCUCAAACAGUUCAAGCCAAUGCCAAUAUGCAACCUCAAACUGAGUACCCUUCUUCCUCUGCGGUUCAAUCAUUUUCAUCGGGUCAACCUCAGAUCCCCACCUCAGCUCCGGAUUCUUCACUACUAGCUAAAAGUAAUACCUCAGGUAUAACUAUCAUCGAGCACAUGUCACAACAGCCUCUAAAUGUUGACAAACAAGUUAAUGAUGGCUAUAACUGGCAAAAGUAUGGGCAAAAGAAAGUUAAAGGCAGCAAGUUUCCUCUAAGCUAUUACAAGUGCACAUAUCUAGGAUGUCCUUCCAAGAGGAAGGUUGAGAGAUCUCUUGAUGGACAAGUAGCAGAAAUCGUCUACAAAGAUCGACACAAUCACGAACCUCCUAACCAAGGAAAAGAUGGUAGCACCACAUAUCUAAGUGGGAGUUCGACACACAUCAAUUGCAUGAGCUCUGAAUUGACAGCAUCACAGUUUAGCUCCAACAAGACUAAGAUAGAGCAACAGGAAGCAGCAAGUCUAGCUACGACAAUAGAGUACAUGUCUGAGGCAAGUGACAAUGAAGAAGACAGUAAUGGAGAAACUAGUGAGGGAGAGAAAGAUGAAGACGAGCCUGAACCAAAGAGAAGAAUUACAGAAGUUCAGGUUUCGGAACUAGCUGAUGCUUCAGAUAGAACCGUGAGAGAGCCUAGGGUUAUUUUCCAAACAACGAGUGAAGUUGAUAAUUUAGAUGAUGGAUAUAGGUGGCGGAAAUAUGGACAGAAAGUUGUUAAAGGGAAUCCUUAUCCAAGGUUUUCCUCCUCUAAAGAUUAUGAUGUCGUAAUCAGAUACGGAAGAGCAGAUAUAAGCAAUGAGGAUUUCAUUAGCCAUCUUCGUGCUUCCCUCUGCCGGAGAGGGAUUUCUGUCUAUGAAAAAUUUAAUGAAGUGGAUGCACUUCCAAAAUGUAGGGUUUUGAUUAUAGUAUUAACAAGCACAUAUGUCCCUUCGAACCUCUUAAACAUUCUUGAACACCAACAUACAGAGGAUCGAGUGGUUUAUCCAAUUUUCUACAGACUAUCACCAUAUGAUUUUGUCUGUAACAGCAAGAAUUAUGAGAGAUUUUAUCUCCAAGAUGAGCCAAAAAAAUGGCAAGCUGCUUUGAAGGAAAUAACUCAGAUGCCUGGCUACACAUUGACAGAUAAGUCUGAAUCUGAACUUAUAGAUGAGAUUGUAAGAGAUGCUUUAAAGGUGCUAUGUUCUGCUGAUAAGGUGAACAUGAUUGGGAUGGAUAUGCAAGUAGAGGAGAUUUUGUCACUGCUAUGCAUUGAGUCCCUUGAUGUUCGCAGCAUUGGUAUAUGGGGUACAGUUGGUAUAGGAAAAACAACCAUUGCUGAAGAGAUCUUUCGCAAAAUCUCUGUCCAAUAUGAGACCUGUGUCGUCCUUAAGGACCUCCACAAAGAAGUUGAGGUAAAAGGUCACGAUGCUGUGAGAGAGAAUUUUCUGUCUGAAGUUUUAGAGGUAGAACCUCAUGUUAUCCGGAUAUCUGACAUUAAAACAAGCUUCUUGAGAAGUCGGCUUCAGCGUAAAAGGAUCCUUGUUAUUCUUGACGAUGUGAAUGAUUACAGAGAUGUUGACACCUUUUUGGGGACGCUUAACUAUUUUGGUCCAGGAAGCAGAAUAAUCAUGACCUCUAGAAAUAGACGUGUUUUCGUACUAUGUAAAAUCGAUCAUGUCUAUGAGGUUAAGCCAUUAGAUAUUCCUAAGUCUCUACUACUUCUUGAUCGUGGGACAUGUCAAAUUGUUUUGUCACCUGAGGUUUACAAGACAUUGUCACUUGAGCUGGUCAAAUUUUCAAAUGGAAAUCCCCAGGUUCUUCAGUUCUUGAGCAGUAUUGACAGAGAAUGGAAUAAGUUAUCACAAGAAGUUAAGACAACAUCUCCCAUUUACAUCCCAGGUAUAUUUGAAAAGAGCUGUUGUGGGCUUGAUGACAACGAGAGGGGUAUAUUUUUGGACAUUGCAUGUUUCUUUAAUAGGAUUGAUAAAGACAAUGUCGCAAUGUUGCUGGAUGGUUGUGGUUUCUCUGCACAUGUCGGAUUUAGAGGCCUUGUUGACAAAUCACUGUUGACAAUAUCACAACACAACUUGGUGGACAUGCUCAGUUUUAUCCAGGCAACUGGUCGAGAAAUUGUUCGCCAAGAAUCAGCUGACAGACCAGGAGACCGCAGCAGGUUGUGGAAUGCCGACUAUAUCAGACACGUAUUCAUAAAUGACACUGGCACAUCAGCUAUUGAGGGCAUUUUCCUAGACAUGUUGAAUCUUAAAUUUGAUGCAAAUCCCAACGUGUUCGAGAAAAUGUGUAACCUUAGACUGUUGAAAUUGUAUUGCUCCAAAGCGGAAGAGAAGCAUGGAGUAUCUUUUCCACAAGGUCUUGAAUAUUUGCCGAGCAAGCUAAGGCUUCUCCAUUGGGAAUAUUAUCCUCUAAGUUCUUUGCCGAAAAGUUUUAAUCCAGAGAACCUUGUCGAGCUUAACUUGCCAAGUAGCUGUGCAAAGAAACUUUGGAAAGGAAAAAAGAGUCUGGAAAAGCUUAAAAAGAUGAGACUUAGCUACUCCGACCAGUUAACUAAAAUCCCAAGACUUUCAAGCGCAACAAAUCUUGAGCAUAUUGAUCUUGAAGGUUGCAACAGUUUGUUGAGCCUUAGCCAGUCCAUUUCUUAUCUUAAGAAGCUUGUUUUUCUGAAUUUAAAGGGCUGCUCGAAGCUGGAGAAUAUUCCAUCUAUGGUUGAUUUAGAAUCGCUUGAGGUUCUAAAUCUUUCGGGUUGUUCAAAGCUAGGGAACUUCCCGGAGAUCUCACCAAAUGUGAAAGAACUGUACAUGGGUGGGACUAUGAUACAAGAAAUCCCGUCAUCGAUUAAGAACUUGGUAUUGCUUGAGAAACUGGACCUGGAAAACAGUAGACAUCUCAAGAAUCUUCCAACAAGCAUCUACAAGUUGAAGCAUCUUGAAACUCUAAAUCUUUCAGGCUGCAUAAGCCUGGAGCGAUUUCCAGACUCGUCGAGAAGGAUGAAAUGCUUAAGGUUUUUGGAUUUAAGCAGGACAGACAUUAAAGAGCUGCCCUCUUCCAUAUCGUAUCUGACUGCUCUUGACGAACUAUUAUUCGUAGACUCCAGGAGAAACUCGCCAGUUGUAACCAAUCCCAAUGCCAAUUCAACUGAGUUGAUGCCUUCUGAGUCAAGUAAGCUUGAGAUCUUAGGUACUCCGGCAGAUAACGAAGUAGUUGUUGGUGGUACGGUAGAGAAAACCCGUGGUAUUGAACGAACGCCGACUAUUUUGGUGAAGUCGAGAGAGUAUCUAAUUCCCGAUGAUGUUGUGGCGGUUGGUGGUGAUAUUAAGGGGCUAAGACCACCAGUACUUCAGCUCCAACCAGCAAUGAAACUAUCUCAUAUUCCUCGAGGAUCAACUUGGGAUUUCGUUACGCAUUUCGCUCCACCUGAAACAGUUGCGCCGCCGAGUUCCUCUUCAGAAGCCAGGGAAGAGGAAGUGGAAACGGAAGAGACGGGAGCUAUGUUUAUCCCAUUGGGGGAUAAGGAGACAUGCUCAUUCACUGUAAACAAGGGUGACUCCUCAAGGACAAUAUCUAAUACGUCGCCGAUUUAUGCCUCCGAAGGAUCUUUCAUCACGUGUUGGCAGAAGGGUCAACUUCUGGGACGAGGAUCAUUAGGGUCCGUAUAUGAAGGCAUUUCAGCAGACGGGGACUUCUUUGCUUUCAAGGAAGUUUCACUACUUGAUCAGGGAAGUCAGGCACAUGAAUGGAUACAACAAGUCGAGGGGGGGAUUGCGCUACUUAGUCAGCUUCAGCAUCAGAAUAUCGUGCGAUAUCGUGGCACAACUAAGGACGAGUCGAAUUUGUACAUUUUUCUUGAACUUGUAACCCAAGGGUCCCUUCGAAAACUCUACCAAAGAAACCAGCUUGGGGACUCUGUAGUCUCCUUAUACACAAGACAGAUUCUUGAUGGAUUGAAAUAUCUCCACGAUAAAGGUUUUAUACACAGGAACAUUAAAUGUGCAAAUGUAUUGGUGGACGCUAAUGGAACAGUUAAACUUGCAGAUUUUGGAUUGGCUAAGGUUCUUUUCCAUUAAUAAUAGAUGUUUAUAGUAUUUUCAAGUACUAACCUGGUACAUCGCUUAUUCCCCUUACUUGAUACCUGUGGCAUUUUGUUAUAGGUAAUGUCCCUCUGGCGAACUCCGUAUUGGAAUUGGAUGGCUCCAGAGGUUAUUGUUUUAAAAUCCUUCCCGCUGUUUUAAUUUGUCAAUACAAUGAUAGACAAACAUAUCAUACAUCAAAAGAAAUGUUGUAUCUUAAACUGUUACUUAAAUAUGUUCCCGCAUAUAUUGUGAUCCAGGCUUGAUAAGCUCGAAAAUCCCCGGUUAUGUUUCCUUCAGGUCUUUGAUUAAUCUGAAACUAGUUUGAAAUUAUUUCUAUUUUAGUUUAUAGUUCUUAUUAUAACUGUGAGUAUGUAAUUAGUGAUCAUAGGUAACAGACGCGGAUGUAUAUCAUUUUGAUUGUACUUUAGGCUAUACUUGUACAACUGUGUUUCUAAACUGAACAUAAUAAUUUGAUCAGGUUAUUCUUAACCCGAAGGAUUAUGAUGGUUAUGGAACUCCAGCUGAUAUAUGGAGCCUUGGGUGUACUGUGCUAGAAAUGUUGACUGGUCAGAUUCCCUACUCCGAUCUGGAAAUCGGUACAGCCUUGUAUAACAUUGGAACGGGUAAGCUUCCGAAAAUACCUGAUAUUCUAUCGCUAGACGCCCGGGAUUUCAUACUUACGUGUCUCAAAGUGAACCCGGAAGAGCGGCCAACUGCAGCUGAGCUGCUUAACCAUCCAUUUGUGAAUAUGCCAUUACCAUCCUCGGGCUCAGGUUCAGUAUCUUCGCUCCUCCGUGGAUGAGGCUAAUUUUAGAAGAUUGCCUUCGAUAGGUGAAACUUUGGGCUUUGUUGUCAUGAGAAUAUAUUAGAAUCAAAAGUUGUAUAUAUAUUCUAACAUAUGCCCUAAUAUGCUUUGCACUAAAAUCGUUUGAAUCUUCUGUUCCAUACUUCACGUUGACAAAUCACAAUUUUUUUUAUGUCUUUUGUUUCUUUUUUUUUGCUGAAGCCAACAAAGUUGUCC